UCGGUGUUAUCAGUUAGUGAUGUAUUUGGCUUAUGCUGUCAUCUAUCAGGUAAAAAAUUAGGUGGGUAUUAUUCAGUCUCCUUUUUUGCUGCCCUGAGUAACUGUUUCUGUCAAUCGCGCUGCGUUUCUAAAAGAGUACUGGAGGCUUUCGGAAUUUCGCUUUUUAUUAAACGUUGACAGUGAAAAUUUAAUUGGAUAAAACAAAUCAGUGGAUCAUGGAUACCAGUGAAAACACAGCAAAAAUUGUGGAUAUGACGUACAAGAACAUUAUCGAUGAAUUUGGUCCAUACACAAAACAACUGGUUGCAGCUGGUAGAACAUAUCUAAAGUCUUUGCAUGCAAUGGUAGCUGCAUCUCGCAAUUACACUGAAGCCCUCGCAAAAAUGGCCUCUCUCGCCAGCAACAGUACACUCAGUGGUUCUAGGGAUAUAGGUUCUACAUUGUAUAAUAUAGUUGAUGUUAAUAAAGAAAUUUUAGCACAGCAGUCAAAUAUUAUAAAGAGCUUAGAAUUUGAUUUCUUGGAACCAAUGGAAAUAGCUGCUGAGAAAGACACAAAACUUGUUGGGAGGGAACAAAAGAGAUUUCAGCAGUUAUAUAAAGGGCGUCGAGAAGCAUAUAUGAAAUGUGUGACAACGCUCAAGAAAACUAGAAGAAAAAAGAAUAUUAAUACAGAUAAGCAGCUCUCUCAUAUGAAAAUGCUGGAAAGUGCCAAAGAAAGAUUAGAAGUAUUCUGUAAUGAUAGUCUGAAAGAGGCAAUUAUUCAAGAACGAGUCAUGUAUGGAACAGUCCUAGAACGCCAGUGUGCCUUAAAUAGGCAGUUUCUAAUCUAUCAUACUAAGGGAUGUGAAAUUUUGGAAGAACAAUUACCCCAGUGGGAAUCUAUUGCUGAGACAAGAGACAAGUUACCAGAGUCCUGUUAUGCGGCUGUAAAAAAUGGACCUGAGCCUUUACCUGGAAGUAUAGAGAAUCCUUAUUCUUUGGAUAGUAUGCUGGAUGUAGUGAUUCGAAAUAAUUCAAUAGCACGAAGUUAUGGUAAAAAAGAUAGAGAUUCUCUUCUGUCACAUACUUUAAGGUUACAGUGUUCAGAAGAUAACAUUUAUGCUAGACCAAUUGUUCGAGCAAAGUCAGAAUAUUGCCUUCCAACUAAUUCAUCUCCUCCUACACUUACUGAUGCUAGUCGAAAGAGGUACAGUCGAGUAAUUCAAUAUAAUGGUGAUGGACAGACUAGUUAUGCCAAAGCACUUUACAAUUAUGAGCCAACUGGGGAUCAUCAACUAGCGCUAAGGGAGGGCGAUAUUAUAGAAUAUAUUACUGAAGAAAAUACAACUGGCUGGCAAUUUGGAGACAAUUUAACAACUGGAAGAUCAGGAUGGUUUCCAGUAUCCUACACAGAACCUGUAAAAGAUCCUUCAAGAUAUCUAUUGAAUGGAGGCUGUCCAAAUGUAAAUCCACCACCUCCUCCACCUGCCACUAUAGGAUCAGUGAGGUCAAAACUGAGUAAUCCACAGGAAGGGAGUGAGUAUGCAACACUAACUCGUUCAACAAAAAAACUCCUUCCAGUUGAUCCCCCAAUAGUUAGUACUUCUGUUAUUGAAAAUGGAACAUUGAAAUCCAAGCAUUAUGCAUCUCAUCCUGAUAUUUAUGCAGCAGCAUCAUCUUCUAUAGGCCAAAGCAAUGGAAAAGUAUACCAUAAUGGGCAAUACCUGCCUUCUAUGCGAUUAUAGAUAGAUUAUCAUCUUUUCUAAUAUAUGAUGAAUUAAUUACUUAAUAUCUGAUAAUUCUGUAUGUUUCUGUAAAUAUGAUUUUAACAUAUAAUAUAAAUUUUGUAUGAUUUUCUCUGGUCUGUUCUUGUAUUAGCCAAGAGACUGAAAAGUUUUUAAAUAUAAAUAUAUGUAUAUAGUGUAAUAAUGGAGAUGUACUGAUUUUUUGAAUGUAUGGAAUGAGCUUGUUUUUGCUGUAGUUUAUAUUAAAGGUAGCCAAAAAAGAGAGCAAGAUUUUCUAAUUAUGCUUUUGUAUUUAUUACAGACAUAUGUAAUAAAGAUAAUUAAUUUUAGAAAUGUUUCCUAAAAGAAUAUGAAUAGUCUUCAGUCUGUCUCAUGCGUAGUGAAAAUAAUAGUAAUUUAUUUUUAGAUAACCAAAUUUCAAUAUUUUCAUGAAUUCAUUGAAAGUCUCAGUUUUUGUGGUGCUAAAUGGUUGGUAUUUAUCAAACAUUUAAUAGAAUUCAAAUUAUGUUAUUUUCAUAUACUGUCUCAUUGUUUGGGAGAGGAGAAUUAUCUUGAUUGUAAUUACAUGUCACAUUUAUGCCUACAUAAUUAGCUAUACCAUUUUGAAUCUAUUUGGUGCUGUUUGUUGAAAUGUGAUGUAUAAAAAUUCGUUUUUUAAUUCACAAAUAUUAAAAUACAAAAAAAAAAAAAAAAAAAAAAAGCAUUAAAAUAGUAUAAUAGUACUUAUUUAUUUGUCAAGAUAGUGUUGAAGGAUCUGUAUAACUUCUUAAUUGUUGUACUGGCAAGUAUUUUUCGUAUUCUUGUGCAACUACUUUAUAAAAUCUUUUAUUAAAUUGUACUACAGGAAGAAGAAAGAGAAUUUUAUUAAAUUUUGUUAAUAAUUAAUUUUAUGUUAUUUUAAUAAAAAAAUACUUUAAAUUUAUGUAAACUCUAAAAAAUCUCAUUAUCAUAGUUUUUUCCUUUUCUCGUGCAAUAAGAUUCAUUUUCAUUAUUUAAAAAGAAAUAUAAAUUUCUGUAAAUAAAAUGUUUUUGAAAAUAUUUACCCUUCUUCUUUGUUUAUAUAUAGUAUAUAUUUUUGCUUUAUUUGAAUUUUAUUAUAAAACACAAUUAUGUAAGAAAAAACAUUCUAUAGGGAAACUGAAGUCAGUAUGUCUAAGAUACGUUAAUUAUAUAUUGAGUAAAAAUUCAGUCAGUGUUUUAAGUCUGUAUAUUAAGUUUUUCAUUCUGUAAUCAUUGAAAAAAGAAACUCAGUUGAAAUAUAUUUUUAAAAGUGCUCUAUACUGUUAUGAUUAAAAAUGCCUUAAAAAUUAAUGUAGAUGAUAAUGCAAUCCAUUCGUAGGUAUCUGUAGAAUAUAUUUAUCUGUAGCUCUUCUAAUGAAAUGUUUUAAACACUAAUGAAAUUUUAAAUUGACAUGUGAAUAUAUAUAUCUUUAUUAUCAUAUACGUUUAAUGAUUUUAAUAUUGCAAAAAUGAUAGAUUUUUUUAUAUUUAAAAAGAGAAGUUCAUUUUUUUAAUAUCGGCACAAUAUUUCUUAGUAGAGUGUUAAAAAAUUAUUACUUACCAUUAUUAGCAAUAUGAAUAUUUCAUAUUUUGGCGUAUAGUUUUAACCUUGUUAAAAUAGAUCUUCAGCGCUGCAUUAAUAACAAACAUGUAUCUGUGCAGAAUAUUAUAUUAUGUAUAUUAUACAAAAUAUUAUAUAAUAUAUAUUUUAUAUGUGCAAAAUAAUGUGUGUUUAUAAUCUCUUUGUGAAUUUUAACAAUUUUGAUAAAAAGAAUUCAUUAUAUAGAUGCAAAGGAAUAUUUAUGUAUACAAUGUUACUUCUGAACCAAAUGUAUCUCAAGUGAGAUUUAAUUGAAUAAAUGAUUUAUAAACUGAAA